AUGGAGUCUGGCCAACAGAUCAUUGGAUUCAGUAUCUGCCCCGAGGACCAGGAAAGCCUCUACAUCUUCACGUCUUCGGGCUCUACUAGCAAAUGGAAUUGGAGUUCCGGAAAGCGCAUCGCACGCUGGGAGACCACCUGCACAACGUUUUCAACAAGCCUAGCCUCUGUGGGAAAAGAAGGAUGCACAGCUGCCGUUUCAUUUUCCAUAAUCUCACAAAAAGAUGGAAAACGACAUAUUUCGAUCAACACACUGGGGGACAAAAAGAUCCAAGGCACCACCACCGCCCUAGAGACCAGCCAGAAGAUCAAUAGUAUCAAGGUAACUCCUGACGGCCGAGUGAUCAUCGCCAGUGAUGGUAAGCAUCUUUUUGUGGGUGCUACUACUAGCGCAGAGCUUGAAACCCUUGAAACCGCCCAGUAUGCCUGGCGCGAGGUAACCCUUCCUGUCAAUGCUACUUGCUUUGACAUCCAGAUCCAAGGCUCGGAAUCCAUCGAUCUGGCGGUAGGAGAAAGCGGCGGUUCUAUCCUGAUUUACCAAAAUGUCUUGAAUGGUCUCCUCGACAAGGAUUUCAGCGAUAAAAGGUCUUCGCCCAGGAAGUUGCAUUGGCACCGCGGCUCUGUGAACACCGUGCGUUGGUCUAAAGACGGAAACUACAUUAUUUCGGGUGGCCAGGAGUCAGUCAUGGUUCUCUGGCAACUGGACACUGGCCGGAAGCAAUUCCUUCCCCAUCUUUCCUCCCCUAUCUGCAACAUCGUCGUCUCUACCAGUGGCAGCUCAUAUGUGGUUAAACUGGCCGAUAACUCAGUCAUGAUCUUGUCGACGAGAGAAUUGCAACCUCUCACUACCAUCACAGGAUUGCAGUUGUGCCCAGAUAUGUCAGGCUCUGUGGAAUCCUCAAAGGGAUCCGUUGUGGCGAAAUUGCACCCGCAGCAACCAGAGCGAUUGAUUGUGGCCGUCCCAGCAUCCCACCAGCUUACUCAAAACCAGUAUGGCUCUCAGCCUGCAAAUGCGGCUGUGCUUCAGACAUAUGAUAUCCGCGUCAACACCAAUAUCUCCCGCCAAGCCCUUGCGCGAACCAAUGCGACAACUUUGAGCGUCGGCCCUGAAGGGUCUCAAAUCGUCGCACCCGAUGUUAAGCACUUGGAUAUUGUGCAUGAUGCAAAGUGGUUAGCCACGGUUGAUACCUGGGCCCCUCAUCCUCAAGAUGUGGAAGCCCUAGAUCGCUCUGUGAAUGCUAAAUCCACCGCCACCCUUCGUCCGGAGGUCUUUUUGAAGUUCUGGAAGUGGGACGCUUCCUCUGAUACAUGGGAACUGGUCACUCGUGUUGACGGUCCUCAUUUCUCCAAGAAUCAUCACUCAGCUGUACUUGGUCUAGCUUCUCGGCCCGGUGCCCACGAGUUUGCAACACUAGGUGCUGACUCUAUUCUCCGCUUCUGGUGUCCAACUGCGAAAUGUCGAAGUGGGCUGAAAGCCAAAGAUCAAACAGAUCAGCAUCUGAACACGUGGAAGUGUCGUGGUACUGUUGACCUUAAGGGAUGUCUCAAUUCCACCGAAAAUUCUCCUCUGGAUGCGGCUUGUAUGAUUUUCUCCGAAGAUGGCUCAGUGCUGGCCGUCUGUCUGCCGUCGACAUCGGCUGCAAAUGACGGUCUUGUUCUGCUGAUUGAUGCACACAACUGCUCUGUGCACUACCGACGCACCGGUGUUUUUCUUGGAAACCCCUGCUCAACAAGUUUCCUGGGAAGCCAUCUGAUCGUCGCUUCUACUCACUCGGUAGCUGUCUGGGACACAGUCGACGAUAUUGUCAAGACUAUCCAGUCGUCAGAGUCUGUGGAUUCGCCUGCCGGGACCUCACAGCUUAUUGCCGUGAAUGCCAGAACGAAUUCAUUGGCAAUUGUUACGAGUUCGUCACACAAGAAACGACGUAAGGUCCGAUUCCAAAUCAAGAUCUAUGACGUCCCAUCGUUCGAGGUAGUCUUCCAGGAAACCCUGCAUACCUCCCCGGUUGCACUGCUCUCUGAUGCUUAUUCUGGUGAUUACAUCGUCGUUGAUUCUGCAGCAACUGUGCAGCGUCUUGGCUGUCUGGGCAAGGCUUCACAGAAGAGCCACAACAAUCAGUCCCGUGAUGUGACCGGCCAAAUUGACAAUGGACUGGCAACUCUCUUCAACCGCGGACCGGAGAGGCUCCUCGCUCAAUCUGACGACGUGGAGGACUUUUCUGCUCAAACAAAGGGACUAGCUAGUGUGUUUGGUGAGACUCCAUCAUUCUCCUUGCCAGCUGUUGGGGUCCUUUUCAGGAACGUGGUCCAAACACUCGGCUCUUAA